AUGGCGAACGUCUGGACGCAGAUGGGCUAUGUCCCUCCACGCGGGCAAUGCAACUACAAACAGUCCAUCGUCUCGCCGCGAUGUCCAUGUCUCCGCUUCAUGCUGCAUCCUCUCAAGUCAUCAUCCUCAUAUGAAUGCGACGGCUGCAACCACCACGCCUCCUUCCACUCCAUGGAGAAUAAAUCAGAAGAUGAAAUACGUAAGAAGUGGGAGCAAGAGGCCAAGGACAAAGUGGCGCGAGAGGAAGAAGCAGCGCAGCGACCGAAGAAACGCCCACGUGCUAUCAACUACCUAGAUGAUGCUGAUAAGACGAAUGAUCUGCUGAAGCUUUUGGAAGUCACGCCAGAAAGAAGCAGAAGCGCCACAAGAACUAGGGGAGGAGUCGUAAAGUCGCGCCGAGCUGCAGGGACAAGAGCGAAGAGCAGAAUCACGGAGCUCACAGAAGAAGAGGAAGAUGUGGUUGAGCUAGACUGA